AUGUUUCUUUUUCCCCUUCACAUUCCUUAUCUUUUCACUACGUCAAUUUGUCUCCACAAAACGUCCGUGGACGUCUCAGAAACGUCCGUGGACGUCUCAGAAACGUCCGUGGACGUCUCAGAAACGUCCGUGGACGUCUCAGAAACGUCCGUGGACGUCUCAGAAACGUCCGUUGACGUCUCAGAAACGUCCGUGGACGUCUCAGAAACGUCCGUUGACGUCUCAGAAACGUCCGUGGACGUCUCAGAAACGUCCGUGGACGUCUCAGAAUCGUCCGUGGACGUCUCAGAAACGUCCGUGGACGUCUCAGAAACGUCCGUUGACGUCUCAGAAACGUCCGUUGACGUCUCAGAAACGUCCGUGGACGUCUCAGAAUCGUCCGUGGACGUCUCAGAAUCGUCCGUGGACGUCUCAGAAACGUCCGUGGACGUCUCAGAAACGUCCGUUGACGUCUCAGAAACGUCCGUGGACGUCUCAGAAUCGUCCGUGGACGUCUCAGAAUCGUCCGUGGACGUCUCAGAAACGUCCGUGGACGUCUCAGAAACGUCCGUGGACGUCUCAGAAUCGUCCGUGGACGUCUCAGAAACGUCCGUGGACGUCUCAGAAUCGUCCGUGGACGUCUCAGAAACGUCCGUGGACGUCUCAGAAACGUCCGUGGACGUCUCAGAAUCGUCCGUGGACGUCUCAGAAACGUCCGUGGACGUCUCAGAAACGUCCGUUGACGUCUCAGAAACGUCCGUGGACGUCUCAGAAACGUCCGUGGACGUCUCAGAAUCGUCCGUGGACGUCUCAGAAUCGUCCGUGGACGUCUCAGAAUCGUCCGUGGACGUCUCAGAAACGUCCGUGGACGUCUCAGAAACGUCCGUUGACGUCUCAGAAACGUCCGUGGACGUCUCAGAAACGUCCGUGGACGUCUCAGAAACGUCCGUGGACGUCUCAGAAUCGUCCGUGGACGUCUCAGAAUCGUCCGUGGACGUCUCAGAAUCGUCCGUGGACGUCUCAGAAACGUCCGUGGACGUCUCAGAAACGUCCGUUGACGUCUCAGAAACGUCCGUGGACGUCUCAGAAUCGUCCGUGGACGUCUCAGAAUCGUCCGUGGACGUCUCAGAAUCGUCCGUGGACGUCUCAGAAUCGUCCGUGGACGUCUCAGAAACGUCCGUGGACGUCUCAGAAACGUCCGUGGACGUCUCAGAAACGUCCGUUGACGUCUCAGAAACGUCCGUGGACGUCUCAGAAACGUCCGUGGACGUCUCAGAAACGUCCGUGGACGUCUCAGAAACGUCCGUGGACGUCUCGACUUCGACGUCUCUCUACUUCGAGACUUCGACGUCUCUCUACUUCGAGACUUCGACGUCUCUCUACUUCGAGACUUCGACGUCUCUCUACUUCGAGAUUUCGACGUCUCUCUACUUCGAGACUUCGACGUCUCUCUACUUCGAGACUUCGACGUCUCUCUACUUCGAGACUUCGACGUCUCUCUACUUCGAGACUUCGACGUCUCUCUACUUCGAGACUUCGACGUCUCUCUACUUCGAGACUUCGACGUCUCUCUACUUCGAGACUUCGACGUCUCUCUACUUCGAGACUUCGACGUCUCUCUACUUCGAGACUUCGACGUCUCUCUACUUCGAGACUUCGACGUCUCUCUACUUCGAGAUUUCUACGUCUCUCUACUUCGAGACUUCGACGUCUCUCUACUUCGAGACUUCGACGUCUCUCUACUUCGAGACUUCGACGUCUCUCUACUUCGAGAUUUCGACGUCUCUCUACUUCGAGACUUCGACGUCUCUCUACUUCGAGACUUCGAGAGACGUCUUCAGAGAGCGAAGAGAGAACACACACGUGAAUACAGGAUGA